AUGCCUAAACGGUGUGCAUUGGGAUGUUCAAACAAGACUUCCUAUCAUCAAUUUCCACAUCCAGAAAAGAAUCCUGACCGUUUCAAGGCUUGGGUUCAUAUAGCUGGUGGGAAGUUAGAUAGUCCUGCUGAUUAUGAACUGUAUAGAAAGAAGGUCAUCUGUGAUAUCCAUUUUACAGACAGGGAUAGAAACCGUAAUAACCGGUUGAAUUUUCUAGCUGUGCCAUCACUUCAUCUUCCUGGCAAGUCUGAUGAAGUUGUUAGUUCAGAGAAAAUUUUACUUGUACCUGAACCUGUGAAUGAAGAAAGCAGCCUUGCUGCAUUAAAACCGACACUAACAGGCAAGUCUAACGAUGAUGAUACUUCAGAGAAAGUUUUACUAAUACCUGAACCUGUGAAUAAAGAAAACAGCCUUGCUACAUUAAAAUCAACACUAACAGGCAAGUCUGAUGAAGUUGUUACUUCAGAGAAAGUUUUACUUGUACCUGAACCUGUGAAUGAAGAAAGCAGCCUUGCUACAUUAAAACUGACAACGACAGAUAACUCUGCCAGAAUCAAUUCAGAACACAAUUAUUGCCGACUGCAGAAGAAGGCGAUACAUAAAAACAAUAAUAAUUAUCAGCAGCAGGAGUGGCCGUCAUUCUGGUUGAACCAGCUUAAAACAACAAGAAGAAAAAUUAAAGUUUUGCAAUCAAACUUGAUCAGAUCACAAAAGAAAAACAAAACCUUUCAAUCCAGAAUAGCCAAUGCUGAAAAAAUGCCUACAGAUAUUUUAUUUAAAAAACUGACGAACAAAAUGACCGUAGCAGCAAAAAUUUUCACAAAAAUGCAGUACACACAGACGAGCAAGAGGCCUCAUGGUCGCAGAUUCUCUCUCGAAGAAAAAGUGCUCUCGCUUUCUUUAUAUAAAAAGAGUCCAAGAAGCUACCCUCUUUUGGCAAAAUAUUUCACAUUGCCUUCAACUAAAUCAUUAAAAAGACUUUUGACCAAAAUAGAAGUGAAGCCGGGCCUUAAUAAAUGCAUAUUUAUGAAAAUUAAAAAUACCGUCAAGGAGCUAUGUACAGAAGACCGCUUAUGCAGCUUAAUUUUCGAUGAAAUGUCAAUAUCCCCUCAAAUCCAUUAUAACGCUGCUAAAGACCAGCUUAGAGGGUUCACAUUUGAUGGCAAAAAAAAUUGCUGA